ACAGAAAACACAGGACGUGACAUCAGAGAACAGCUGGAUCCAUGGAGAACCCCGACGCCAGCAGAGGAACCGUCACACAUCAGUAACACGUCUGUUACGGUGGCGUGUCACGGAGGCGUGUCACGGAGGCGCGUUAUGGAGGCGUGUUACGGAGGCGCGUUACGGAGGCGUGUUACGGAGGCGCGUUACGGAGGCGUGUUACGGUGGCGCGUUACGGAGGCGUGUCACGGAGGCGUGUCACGGAGGCGCGUCACGGAGGCGCGUUACGGAGGCGUGUUACGGUGGCGCGUUACGGAGGCGUGUUACGGAGGCGCGUCACGGAGGCGCGUUACGGAGGCGUGUCACGGAGGCGCGUCACGGAGGCGUGUUACGGAGGCGUGUCACGGAGGCGCGUCACGGAGGCGUGUUACGGAGGCGCGUUACGGAGGCGUGUUACGGUGGCGCGUUACUGAGGCGCGUCACGGAGGCGUGUCACGGAGGCGCAUUACGGAGGCGCGUCACGGAGGCGUGUUACAGUGGUUUGUUACGGAGGCGUGUUACGGUGGCGCGUUACGGUGGCGCGUCACGGAGGCGUGUCACAGAGGCGCGUUACGGUGGCGUGUUACAGUGGUUUGUUACGGAGGCGCGUUACGGUGGCGUGUUACAGUGGUUUGUUACGGAGGCGUGUUACGGUGGCGCGUUACGGUGGCGCGUCACGGAGGCGCGUCACGGAGGCGUGUCACAGAGGCGCGUUACGGUGGCGUGUUACAGUGGUUUGUUACGGAGGCGCGUUACGGUGGCGCGUCAGGGAGGCGUGUUACAGUGGUUUGUUACGGAGGCGCGUCACGGUGGCGUGUUACAGUGGUUUGUUACGGAGGCGUGUUACAGUGGUUUGUUACGGAGGCGCGUCACGGUGGCGUGUUACAGUGGUUUGUUACGGAGGCGCGUCACGGAGGCGUGUUACAGUGGUUUGUUACGGAGGCGCGUCACGGUGGCGUGUUACAGUGGUUUGUUACGGAGGCGUGUUACAGUGGUUUGUUACGGAGGCGUGUUAUGGAGGCGUGUCACGGAGGCGUGUCACGGUGGCGUGUCACGGUGGCGUGUUACGGAGGCGUGUCACGGUGGCGUGUUACGGAGGCGUGUCACGGUGGCGUGUUACGGAGGCGUGUUACGGAGGCGUGUCACGGAGGCGUGUUACGGUGGCGUGUCACGGAGGUGACGAUAUGACGUCUGAAGCACAACGAUGCUCAUUGAAAUGUGACGUUUACUGAAUCGCAGGAUGUUUUCAUGUCAGACUGAAAGCUGAAAGUUUCUAAUUAUUAUCGUUAACAGAAACACUUUGAUUGAUCCGUUUAUUACUGAGAUUUUAUUGUGAAUUACCUACAAAUGUUUUGCAUCGCUGUAAUAAUGAAAGUUCAUCUUCUAUAUGAUCAUAUAAUAUUAUUAUUAUUAUUAUUAUUGUUAUUAUUAUUGUUAUUAAUAUUAUUACAAUAAAAGCCUGUUUGAGGGAUUGAUGAAUAUCAUCCGUUUGGUUUUUAUCUCUCAUGUUUACUCAGAAUCAGACUGAAGACGCCAAACUCUGGAUUGGACAGAAAUACAUUUGCAGCAGGUGAAACAUUUCCAGAGUAUGACGUCUGGUGGUGACGUAUUUCCGGGUGAAACAGCUCACUGCUGCUACCAGUUGAAGAUUGAUUGAUGGGUGAACGUCACGAUAUUGUUGGUUUAUACUGGUUGGUUCAAGUCUACGCCGGACAGUGAACAACAGCAGCCGGGAACCUGCGCAGUCAACAGCUGGAGGUGCGUUAGCGGCUAAUGCUAACAGAGUCCGGGUGAACAUUGGAAUAAUAAUAACAAAGAAUAAUAUUAACACACAUAUAAAGUCACCUCUACACAUGUGAAACGUGAUUAAACUGUGUAGUUUAAUCAAUUUCUUUAUUUAAGAAUAUUUUUUAAAAACGCCAGCUAACUUUAGCAUUCUGAGCUAACUCUCCCCCUGGA